AUGGUUUACGAAGUCAACCAAGAAGCAGUUAAAGCGUACAAGCGCAGUUCCUUUGAACAAAAUCAAAGCUUUGGAACUGAGCAAGAUUUCUUGCCAGGCACUGACCCCACCACCCCUAAGAGAAAGUCUAUUGUUACCACUCCCAAGAAAAUGGGAAAGGUACAAGGCGACCGUUCUCUUCGUGUUGACGAAUGGGUCGGUGGAUACACUCCGGAAGACCAGAAGCCCAAGCGACGCAGCUGGAAAAUCAAGGCCGAAAGCCUUCCAAAAUAUGCUUUCGAGGACUCUUUCCUCCUCAAGGACUUGGAAUAG